AUGUUUAUGACCGUAGCCCCCGCCAUAGCCUUCGAACAAUUCACUUCCCAGACCGUAUCCAGUGUGCUGACGGAUUCGGUCAGUUUCUUUUGGGCGAGGUAUAACAUCAUGGAUAUAAUUUCCUUCUCCAUCACGUUCUUGUUGCUCGGAGUUUUCGGAUUCCUUUCCAUGUUCUGCUUCACCAAUAGUAACAAAAAACUCCCACCAGGUCCAUGGCUGCUACCGUUUGUGAGAUACCGAUUUGGGUCUGGCUUGGUUCACGAAACAUUCGUGGAAGUGGCGAAGAAGUAUGGACCGGUUUUCAGUGUUCGACGAGGCCUGUUUCUCUGUGUUGUCUUGAAUGACAAGGAAAGUUUGAAAGAGGCGCUGGUGAAGUCAGGGGUAUUCUUCUCAGAUAGAUUCGUUCCAGGGUCUCUUAGAUGGACAAUACCUGACACUAUAAAGAAAGCGACUGUAACUUGGAGCAACGGAAAACCUUGGAAGGACCUACGGGAUUUCUGCCUUAAUGUAUUUCGCUCCUUCAGCAUUGAUGAGGCAAACUUAGAAUCUAGGAUCAACCUUGAGGCUCGUUACAUGGCUGAGGAAAUCAGAAAUCAUGACAGUCGACCCAUGGUUAUAUCAGGUUUACUCAAUAAAGUGACUGGUAAUAUCAUGGCUCAACUAAUUUUCGGCCAUAGAUUUGAUUAUGAUGACGUCGAGUUUACUGCCGCUUUACGAAUAAUGGCCGAAGCCGGCGCCUUCAUUGGUGAACACGAUCUAGUCAAUGUCUUUGAACGACUUAUCCAUGCUCCUAGGUACAAACCCUUUCGUGAAAUGAUAACCAAACUCAAGAUUUUCAUUCAGUCUCAGCUUUCGAUCAACCGAGAAACUUUCCAAAAAGACCACAUUCGACAUUUUGUUGACGCAUUUUUAGCAGACGACAUCUCCGAAGAAUACAAAUGGAAAGAUUUCUGGAGAAUCGCGUUCGAUGUUUUUACCGGUGGUACAGAGAAUGCAGCAGUUUUUGCUUCAUGGGCGAUCCUCCUCCUAGCUGUCCAUCCAGAUGUACAACAUAAGAUGCAGAGUGAACUGGAUGCAGUCGUUGGAGACGGUCGACAACCAACCACCAAUGACCGGUCAAAUCUUCCAUACUGCGAAGCUACCCUGAUGGAGAUCAUGCGAAUCAGACCUGUCCUCCCAUUAUCCCUCCCUCACAUGACGUCAGCAGAUGUCACUCUUGGACCUUAUACCGUUCCUAAGGGGACUAUCGUUAUCCCUAACCUGUGGGCUGUUCAUCAUGAUCCUAAAGACUGGUGUGAUCCACACGUAUUCAACCCGGAUAGAUUUCUGAGUGAAGAUGGUCAGAGUGUGCUAAACAAUGAUGCUUUGAUGCCAUUCAGUAUUGGUCGCCGUGACUGUCCUGGUAGUCAACUCGGCAAGAUGGAGACAUUUCUACUCUUCACCAACCUCUUCCAGCAGUUCGAAUUCAAACUUCCUCCUGAUCAACCAACCCACAACACGCGAGGAUUACUUGGUCUAACUUUGCAACCAGAACCGUACAAGAUCUGCGCCGUUGAGCGCUGAAAGUCCAUCCCUCCCCUCUCCGCAGAUGAUAUUUUGUAUAUAUAUAUAUUUUUUGUUUAUCUUACACUUUCAUCAUUUAAUGACAGCGGGCAUUAGAUCAAUCGCAACAACUUACCACCCGACAUAAUAAACCGCUGAAUUCACAUUUGGGCAUUUCAUUCGGGCAUUAUGUAGGAGGAAAAAUAUAGUCAAUUUCAAAGGAGAGACCUGGGGAGUGUUUCAUCAACAUUUUCAUCCGACAAGUUGUCAGAUCUGACAUCUUUCUCUGAUGUUGAUUAGCUGAGAGGUACUGUUACUAUGGUAACUGUCGGAUAAAAUGGGACUUGUCGGAUAAAACGUCCGACAAGUCCUUUCAUGAAACGCCCCCCAGGGGUG